CAUCAGUUGUCAACUUCGGACAGCAUCCCUCUUGACGGAACCGAGCACUCGUGACUGGCCAGACCACCCGAAAGACCAUCUGAAGCAUUUACUCCGUCUCUGUAGAGUCCCACCGCCAGCGCCGCUCUCGACUGCAGCGUUGCUAUUAAAUUGCGCGAAACCAAGGUUGCUCAUCGCCCACCAUGUCGUAUGGCCUUGGAGGCAAAGCGGAUAAUAACCUCAAGGGAGGUGAGGUCGCAGACACACCCAUCCUCUGUGAGACAUGUCUGGGCCCGAACCCAUAUGUGCGGAUGAGCAAGCAGAUGCACGGUAGUGAAUGUAAGAUCUGCACUCGGCCUUUCACUGUCUUCCGAUGGAACCCGGGGCAAGGCAUGCGCUUCAAGCGCACUGAAAUCUGCACAUCGUGCGCCAAGAUCAAGAACGUAUGCCAGACCUGCGUGCUUGAUCUGCAGUACGGCUUGCCAGUCCAGGUGCGCGAUGCUGCGCUGGGCGUCAAGAACAAGGCGCCUACGAGCGACAUCAAUCGCGAGUACUACAUGCAGAACAUCGAAGCAAAACUCGGCGAUGGAAGCGAUGGAAGCAGCAUGAUCGAAAGCUCUGCCGGUCCGAGCGCCCGUGCGGGCCAGGAGCUGCUGCGCAAGCUCGCGCGGACCGAUCCUAACUACAAGCGCAAUAGGCCGCAUCUGUGUUCUUUUUACGCAAAGGGAAAUUGCACGAGAGGAGACGAGUGCCCCUUUCGACACGAGCUGCCGAGAGACAAGGAGGAUCCGCUCAGCAGGCAGAACAUCAAAGAUCGGUUCCAUGGCCGGAAUGACCCGGUAGCGAAGAAGAUCAUGGGAAAGCAUCAGGCGGAACUUGGAUUGACGCCUCCGGAGGACCCUGAUGUGACAUCCCUCUUCCUGACAUCUCUUUCGCCCGCAACAUCGGAAGACGCGAUCCGAACCUACUUCGUCUCGACCACUCCAUCACUCAAACCAGAAAGCAUCAAGUCCAUCACCCUCGUCUCCACUUCCAACUGUGCCUUUGUCAACUUCCGAUCACGGAAAGAAGCAGAAGCGGCGGCAGAACGAUGCGCGGUAAAAGUGCAGCUUGGUGGGAAAGAGGUCCGCGUAACAUGGGGAAGAAGCAGACCGAAGCAAAAGGCAGGAAGAGCGGCGUCCUCGCCGAUGAACGCGGACAGUCCGGCAAUAGAAGGGAAAGAAGUAGGUGCGGCGUAGUGAUCGCUUUCGCGAUUGCUCGCUGCGACGAAUGUAUGAUACCAAGCCGCGACUGUUUACAUCAGCUGCCU